AUGCCCUUGCCGUUUAUUCAAACUGGCCCAAUACUUCCUCGCCAGCGUCACGCAAUCCAUUCAUCUUCACGCGCCCAGCAUGCCAGGCAAGUUCUCACAGGCAGCCAGGCUGACCGCUCCGGGUCGUCGCGUGACCCUAACGCCAAAGCAGACGCGGACACAUACCCUGGUAGCCUGACCCUCGACCUUUCCAGGCGAAGCUUCACCUUCAAAUACACGUCCGCUGAUGUGAGCGACCACAACUGGAUCGGCAUCUACUACGCCUACGGCGGCGGGCCCGACCACGGUCACUACGUGCAGGACUCGCUGGCCUGGGCCUGGGCGCCUUCGCGCCGAGGCAGCGUGUCUGUCUCGACAGAAAAAUUGCGAAGCGGCACCUACAAAGCCUAUCUCUUGUUCAGCGGCGGAUACCGCCUGCUGGCGAAACCACUCGUGGUCAAUCUCGGCUGCCCCAGCGACCUGGCCCUGUUCACCGACUCCUUCACCACACACAACGCGCGCCAGGGCGAACCCUUCACCGCCAACGUGGGCAACCUCGUGAACCGCGCCGGCGACCCCAACACCCGCUUCUCAACCCCAGAAGCGGACUGCUGGGCCAGCGUCGAUAUCCACGGCAUCAUCAGUGGACGCCCCCCCGCCGACGCCCGCGACACCACUCUCUGCAUCCGCGUCGAAAACAGCGGCGCGGCGGUCACGCUGCCGGUCCGGAUUCCUGUGCGGCAGCGCGGACAGCCGCUGGUGCGCACGCUGCGCGUGCUGAGCUUCAACAUCUGGGUCGGCGGGCAGCCGGUGCGGAACCACCACGAGAAGCAGAUCCGGUGCCUCGCGCGCGCCAACCUCGACGUGGUCGCGCUGCAGGAGAGCGGCGGCGGGCACGCGAUCCGUCUCGCCCGCGCCCUCGGCUGGCACUCCUGGCAGGGCCCCGACGUGGCCGUCAUCACGCGCUACCCCAUCGUCGCCGUGCUCGAGGCGCCCGACCGGGCGGGCGCCGUCCGCAUCCGCCUCGACGGCACCGGCUGCAGCGACGUUGUCGUCUGGAACUGCCACCUCGGCUACGACCCGUACGGGCCGUACGACUUUUGCUUCGACCACAUGAGCGUCGACGAGGUCAUGAAGCGCGAGGCACAAUCCGGCCGCACCCCGCAGAUCACGGCCAUUAUGGAGGCCAUGAAGGACAGCAUCGCCGAGGCGGACAGCAUCCCGGUGUUCUUGACCGGCGAUUUCAACGCCCCUUCGCAUCUCGACUGGAUCGACGCCACAAAGCACCGGCACUGCGGCACCGGGUACACGGAGUGGCCGACAUCCAAAUUGCCGACCGAGGCUGGUCUGGUAGACGCGUAUCGGGCUGUCCACCCGGACCCGGUCACCAAGCCCGGCAUCACCUGGUCGCCCAUCUACCUGGACAAUAACGGCAGAAAGGAGCCCAUGGACCGCAUCGACUUUGUCUACCACAAGGGGCGGAAGCUCACGGUGCAGGAUGCGAGAGCGCUGGUCGUGGGGAACCCGAUGCCCCAGCCCGACCACGAGGAUAAUGAGUGGCCGUCAGAUCACAAGGCCGUGCUUGCGGUCUAUGAGAUUGAGGUGUAG